GGUCUCUCUUGACCAAACACCCAAGCUAUUCAAUCAAUCCAAUCGUCCUUCCAUCACUGGAAUAAAACAUUAAACAUCCAAGCACUUACGUGCAGCAUUUACUGAUUUAGGAGUAAUUUGGAUGUGCUCCCAGAAAAAGCACUGGUGGAAGUGCCCUUGAUGAAGCCGUGAGUACAAGCACAGAAAUGUAAUUUCAUGCUGGGUUUUCUGAAUUAAGCAUACCAAUGGGGACAGAAAUGGGAGCGCUGUACAGCAACAUUUCACUUCAAGCACAAAUGGACUUUUCUACAUACUGGGAUUAGUUUAAUUCCACACUGCACAAUGCAUUUGAAAUGUGACAAUUUGAACUUCUUGUACAGUUAAAAAAAGGAUUGGAAUUGGAUGGUUCAUUCUCCACUUUGAAGCAGGUUUUCUGCUUGAAUUAGGAUGAAAUGGACAGCUAAAAAUCUUGUAAAUGGACUCUUUUAAAGCCAGGGUAAAGAGCUACAUGUGUACCAUCUCUUAAUGUUGAACUGAAGGUGCUUUGAACUGAGAAGUUGUGGAUUUAUAGUUGGAAGAAGGAACCCAACAUUGGAAGUCUUCAACUUUACAUUUGGAUCUAUUAGGUAAUGCUAUUGUGUACAAACAAGCACAGCCUUUCAUUUGAGAAAAAGACGGACAGAUAGAGAUGAUCUAAAAGCUUCAUGCUCUGAAGGGGUCAGGGGCCAGACAUCAGGAUGGGGUGUAACAUGUGUGUGAUGCAGAAGCCUGAGGAGCAAUACCGGGUCAUGUUCCAGAGGGGGCAAAUAAAUGGCAUGCUGUGUUCUUUAAAUGGGGAGGUUGGAUUUAAGGUGAACAGUAAAGAUUUAUCUCAAAUGUCUCGAGAGCAGACUCUGCAUGCGCUGCACUGUAGGCAAAACAUGAGGUGGUGUCAAAAGAGGAAAGCAGGUGUUCCGGAAGUCGUCGGUGGGACGAUGGUAACGACUGACUGUGUGGACAGUGGGACACAGACAGAUAUUAGUUUCCUGCACAUGGUGACGUUAGGUAGACCUGUUCAUCACAACAGACCAGUGUCACCGCCAUCACCUCCACUUCCAUCAGUGCCAGAACUCUACUUAUUCAACCAUCUCCCUCCAAUGGACCAUGUGUACUAUGACCCAACGGACUACUUCGACAUCAGUCAACAUGAGGUGGACAGACAAGAUGACCUGGAGUAUGAGGAAGUUGAACUCUAUAAAUCUUGCCAGCAAGAUAAACUAGGUUUAACGGUGUGUUAUCGCACUGAUGAUGAAGAGGAUCUGGGGAUUUACGUGGGUGAGGUCAACCCCAAUAGCAUUGCAGCUAAGGAUGGCCGAAUCCGUGAAGGAGACAGAAUAUUACAGAUAAAUGGAAUGGAUGUUCAGAACAGACGGGAAGCCGUGGCCAUCCUGACCAGAGAGGACAGCACCAACAUCUCUCUGCUACUAGCACGACCAGAUAUUGAGAAUGAGGCAGAUGACCUGGAUUUGGAGUUGGGUGUUGACCUGGAUCUAAAGGACUUGCAUAACACUUCUAACUUACCCAGCCCUGAGCAUCGUAGUAAAACCAGUUCCUUGCUCUGUGACAUCAACAGAAUCCGAGCAGGUCAGCCAAACUUGUGGCACACCGUACUCAAUAACAGCCAAGAGCUGGACAGCGGGGUGGGUCGCACAGAUGAAAGCACACGCUGUGAGGAGUCCUCUGAACAUGAUCUACUGGCUGAUGAUGCCACCAGUGUAUGCACGACCAACACCACCAAUACACCUGGCAGUAUGCGCAAGUUCCGCGCUGCUCCACAUGGAUGGGAAUCCCACUACAGCAACGACGCACUGCUGGGGCCAGAUGGAGUGGGACCAGGCGAUCAUGGGGUUCCAGAAUCAUUGGGGUCAGUGCCAAGCAAAGUGCUGAUGCCAAGGUUAACGGAAGAGGAAUAUGAACGUUACUGUGAGCUACUGGAGCUCCGACACCUUUACGAGAAGAACAAAAAUGCACUUCUUUUUAAUGGAAGGCACCUUGGAGCAGGAGGCGGUGUUCCAUUAGAUAUGAACUGUAAGGAGAGUCUAUUGCAGCAUGAUAUUGCUGUUCUAGAGGAGGAAAUUCAUCAUCUGGAGUUUAAGUGGCGUAAUGUUUUGCGGAUUCAAAAGAUGCAGCAGUUGCGCCAGCGUUGCUUGAAGGUCUGGCCAGCUGAUGAAGAGAAGGAUGAUGAAAAGGGGGCAAAGGCAAGAUGUGGAGGUGCUGAGGUGCUACAUCAUGAUCUGUCAGACAUCAAUGAGAUUCCAGAAAGGGAACGCUCGGACAAGGAGAGUACAAGUGCCUAUAAUACUGGUGGGGAAAGUUGUAGAAGCACGCCUCUGGCAAGUGAACGGCACCCUUCACCAUCUGCGGCUGGAGAUUCCAGUGCGUCUGCAACCAUGCGACCAUGGACACCACAUCACAGAACAAAUACAAGCAGGGAAAAUAAUCUUAACCUGCCUUCUUCAUCAGAUACCAAAAGGAAGAAUGGAGAAACAGGGGAAACCAGAAACUCUAGUCCAGCAACAAGGCUUCGGUCAUUCUCUCGGAAUGACUGCAGCAGUAGGAAGGGCUUGGAUGGAGCAAGCAAGAAAUCCCAUGCAAAUGGGACUCUGUCUUCUGGGAUUACAAAAGGGAGGAGGAGUGCAGAGAACAGUCCGUAUCUAUCCCGUCGCCGUUGCGGGAACACACUGCCUCCACGUUACCAGAGUUGCAUGCAGUUGAGGGACAUGUCGGCCACUGAUAGUUUAGAUGUCACGAACACCUUUGAAGAGGUUCCUGCUCACCCGAAUACUAUGACUUGCAUAAAUAGAGACUCCGCAGCUGCCCCUGCAAGUUCUAUGAUUAUGCCACCACCUCCAUCUUUACCUCGAAUGGAAUGGAAGGUCAAGACCCGCAGUGACGGCUCACACUAUGUUGCUAAACGUCCAGUUAGAGAUCGUUUACUGAAAGCCCGUGCCAUGAAAAUUUGUGAGGAACGCAGUGGGAUGACCACGGACGAUGAUGCGGUCAGUGAAAUGAAGAUGGGACGCUACUGGAGCAAAGAGGAACGCAAGCAGCAGCUGCUGAGAGCUCGCGAGCAACGGCGCCGCCGUGAGUUCAUGAUGCAGAGUCGACUGGACCUCUUGCGAGAGAAAGAGAAGGAGCAAGAUUCUGGGCCGCAGGGACAGGCUUCCAUACUUGAGCUGAGCCAAAAAAAGAGCACGAAGAAACGCAGCCGACGGAUCCUGGACAAUUGGAUCACAAUUCAAGAACUCCUGGCUCAUGGGACCUGUUCAUUAGAUGGAAAGAAAGUGUACAACACUUUGCUUUCUGUGACCACUGUUUGAUAAGCGGAGUCAGAACAGUCAGACAAAAUGAAAGGCUAAAUUUAAAUAAAAUCAAGGGGGUACAAAAAUUUGUGUCUAGGAGGCAACCGUCAGGCUGCGAAAAGUGUUGUGAGAGUCGAAUGCAACACUCACACACUGGGUUUAUUUGGAGUCCCAUAGAAACCCUACACCUACCCUUUUCCCAAAACCUAACCCUAACCUUUACCCUAACUUGAGUUACAGCAAAUGCGAUCCUCACGAGACUUUCCCUGCCUGACUUCUAGACAUGACAAAAGAAUAAGAGACAUUUUAACUAAGAGAUAAGUUUAGGUAUUUGGAUUACAAAUUAUACCAAUGAUUUGCUGCUGUCCAAUUAAGAUGCUUAAAAGUUUAAUAAACAAAUAAUGGAGAUGGGUGUAAAUGUAUGCUAAAAAGAUACAUAAAGGUACAAUGGCAAGUGAAUGUAAACUUUUUGUAAUUAACAAACUCUGGAAGCAGCACUCUAUUCCAAUAAAUUGCUUUUGAUGCUCGAAAUUUCAAAGUCACGUGCACAGGCAGACUGUUACAAAGUGAAAAGCAGCAGUGGUCUUAAGCAUUUGCAAACAAUAGUAGAACUUUUUCAAGAACACUUUUCAAUGUACAAACAUUUAUAGAUAACAUCUUAAACCGGUCCAAGAUUGUUUGCUGGUCUUAACUGGUCUCCCAGCCUGGUCAGUUUUGCUAGUUGUAAAGGGGUUAAGGGCACUUGUCAACUGGUCAGAGAUAACCUGGCUGACCAGCUUGGCCAGGCUGGAAGAUCAACUAGACCAGCUGAAGAACAGUCUGGGAGACCAGUUCAAUAGAUUUAAGACCAGUAAACAAUCUUAGGCUGGUUUAGCUGUUUUUUUUUUUUUUUUCUUUUUUCUCUCUUCAGCAGGAAAGGGAAAAAAUAUAAUUUUAUUUGAGAAAAUGACUGCAGGUUGACUAACUGGUGAUGGGUGAGGAAUUUUCUGUCGUUAUUUUUGGCUGAAUGUGUGAAUUAGAAAACAGUUGUCAAUAUCAAGCAUAACUUGAUUUCAUAAUUUUAGAUGCACAUGAAUCAUAGAACAACUAAAAAGCACACAAACAGCAAAAUGUACACACAAGAUUCAGCACACAAAUAAGCACAACAAAUGAUAAUGUAAUACACUGAUAUUGUCCAAAGAUCAUGUGAUGCAAUGAUUGUAUAAUUUUGAGAUAAUUGUCAACUCAAGGAAGAAAUGGGAUAUUCCUGUCUUAAAUAAAUGAUUUUGUUGUCAGCUUGCAAAAUCACAUUUGAAACCAUACCCUUAAUAUUGUAAACAUUUUGCAUGAUGUGUUGAAGAAAUUUUAUAGGGCUUUUCACGCUGCAAUUAACCUGGGUUAUUGUCUUUUUAAACCCGCUUUCAACCACGGUUAAAACAAUGUUUCACACUUGUAAUUUUGAAAGGGGUUUAGCACCGCUUUUAACCCAGGGUUAUACUAGCACCUCAUUUGUGGGGUUAACCCCACAAUGGGGUGCCAAAGGUAUACAGUGUGAAAAGAUGCGGUGAUAGAAUGUUACUGAAAGUUUUUUAGCAACACACAACCAAUCAAUGCUUCAGUGCUUACCCUAUUUAAUAUUCAUGCACUUUUGUACAGUCAAAAAAAACUUUCAUGUGCUGUUUACAUUCUCGCAACGGACACAACCAGCCAAUGGAUCUGCUCUUCUGUUUAAAUGUCGCCAAGCAAAUCAGCUGUUUGUCUUUUGUCUUCUGAAACAUACUAUAAAAACACACGGCACAGGAAUUCUGUCUCUUCAUCACGGCAGUUCUCGCCUUUGCCAUAAUUCUUUGACAUUUUUCAGGUUUCCCUCAGACGGAGAAGAAAAAACAGCAUGGAAACGUUUAUGCUACUGUAUAGAGUGCAUGAAUAUUAAAUCAUGUAAGCACUUAGGCAUUAUAUGAUUCGUUGUCUUUAGCUAAACAACUUUCUGAAACAUUUUAACAUUACAUUGUUUCACAUUAUCCUUGCUCCUGAGCAGGGUUUCAUAACCCCAUUCAAACUUACAAGUGUGAAACGUUGCUCUACCCAGGGUUAAAAGCGGGGUUUAAAAGAUGAUAACCCUGGGUUAAGCGCAGUGUGAAAAGCCCUCCUAUGUUGUGUGAAACUGUUGUGAUGUUGUUGUGUCUUCUAUAAUAUUUGUCGUAAGGACACUACUAUAUUGUGUCUAAAUGUUAAUUUAACAUCUUGCAGGUAUAAAAUGAGGGAAUUUUUUUAAUAAAACCUUU